AUGAAGCUGAGACCAAGAAGAAUAAAGAAGAGAUGUUUAGUUUUACUGAUUAUUUUGUUUAAUCUCCUACUGGUUCUUCUUGUGAAGCAUAAAAACAAAAUGAACAUAGGAAACAAGGUGGAUCUUGGUCGUUUGAAAUGGUUUGGAACUGGUACAAUAGUGGUGUCGGCGAUGGAAAUGUUCCAAGACGUGGGGUUUUCCGAUGCCAUCUCGAAAUCUGAGUUGAUUUCCACAGACGUUCAAGGACAAGGAGACGUUGUGGAUUCCAUACUGAGCCGUGUAAACGUCGAGGUUAGGGAGAUUCUACUCAUAGAUACAAGGAGACUUAGAGGCAUGAACCGUACUGUUUUCCCAAGGUUUGAGAAAGAGAGGGCAAACUACAGUCUUGGAAUAGACUAUAUUGAAGAAUUGGCCAAGGAAUUUAUCAGGAGAAUAGACAAUGGAAGAGUUAAGUACCCAUUUGGUAGUAACACAGCAAGAGAAUAUGUAAUGAGGAUAAAGUCGUUUACCAAGAGGCAUACCAAGGGAGAAGACGAUAGCGAGAUUAUAAAGCUAGUAAACAAGGUGUUUCCAACCAUUGAGAUAUCAUUCUACACAUACAUAAUGAUGGUUCUACUCAACAUUCGAGAGAUGAUUGUUGAAGAUUUUGAUUCAAUUAAGGAAAUAUUGAAGACAAGAAAGAUAUAUAGCAUCAGUAACGACAAGAUAAAUCAGCUUGGAGGAAUGAUCAUGAGAGCCCGGGCUUUCAACGACGGAAUACCCGAGUGGAAUUUAUGCAAUGCAUGCGAUCAAGUCUUUUUUGAAGAAGAUCGCGCCGAUUUACAAAAGCUUACGUGUGAUGAUGUUAUAUGUAGGAGAUGUUUAAAGCAAUCCUUCCUGUAUUCUGAUGAUGAGUUCUGCAUAAAGUGCGGGACUGAAUACGACAUUUUACCUGGAAAUCGCUUUAAAGAUUUACUUGAUUAG